AUGUCGUCGCUGCUGUCCUACCUUCCGCCCUUCGAGGGCCUGCUUCCCAAGUGGCUAUUCCUGGUCUCCGUCAUCUCUGCCGUGAACAGCCUCCAAGCCAUCCGCUCCCCUGACUACACAGCCCAGCUGUACAACGGCCAAGUCAACGGCCAGUCCCCCGUGAACCCACUCGCCAGCCGGCUCUUCGGAACGUGGACCCUACUCUCAGCGGCCGUCCGCCUCACCGCUGCAUACCACAUCACCACGCCCGCCGUGUACGAUCUCGCCGCGUCCACCUUCGGCAUUGCCCUCGUGCAUUUUGUGAGCGAGUGGCUUGCCUUUGGGAGCGCGGGUCUGCGUGGACGGUUCGUUAGCCCGCUCAUUGUGGCGUCGUCUACUUUGGCGUGGAUGGUGACGCAGCGCGGGGAGUAUCUAGGUUUGUAG